AUGGUUGUCCCAGAGCAGCCAAACUCUCAAGAGUCCCACCGAGGGCUCCCCACACCGAGCAUCGUCCGCGGGCCACGGGCCCGGCUCCGACUCCAGCCUCGGCCAGGGCGACCGGAGCCCGGAGCAGCCGGCGGGCCCGCGGGACGGGACCCGCGGCCGGAGCCGGGAGAGCGCAGGUACCGCGGGACAGCCGGGGCUCCCGGGCGGGGGGCGGCGGGCCUGGGACACCCCCGGGCCUUCCCGGGAAGGCACCACUGCGCGACGGGGCUGCUCGGGGGCGGAGGGGGCGGCGGUUCCCCGCGCGGUGCCCGGGCCUGGCUGACUCUUUGCUCCUCUUUGUCCCUGUGCCCAGGAGCAGGCGAGAGGCCGCCGGGAGCGGUGCCGGAAGAGGGUCCCGAGUGCGCGGGCCCCGAGGAGCCGUGCGGGCGCGGCGGGCGGCGGCUGCGCACGGCGUUCAGCGCGGAGCAGAUCAGCACCCUGGAGAGCUCCUUCCAGCGGCAGCAGUACCUGGGCGCCGCCGAGCGCCGGCAGCUGGCGGGCAGGAUGCGCCUCUCCGAGGUGCAGAUCAAGACCUGGUUUCAGAACCGCCGGAUGAAGCUCAAGCGGCAGCUGCAGGAGCUGAGGACGGAGCCCUUCUGCAGCCCCGCUCUCCCUUACGGACCUCAGGGCGCCGUGCUGCCCCUGCCGCUCACAUACGUGGCCCGGCCACCGCCUCUGCCCCGGCAAGGGGCCGCCUCUGAGCGCUUCCCUUUGGCGGCCCUGCCCGCACCCGCCCUGGAUCUCAGCAGCGCCUGCAGAGCGCAGCCAGUCGGCUUCUGGGCAGCACCCUGCUUCGUGGGGUACCGGGACCCCAGGGCCUUCCUGCUGGGUGUCUGACCCUCUGAUACCAACUAGGACUAAAAAGGAUUUGCACUACUGAUUGAUAUCUGGGCUGCCCUCGUCCAUAACUGCUUGGUGGAGUUAUGAUGCAGCACCGAUCUAAACAUUUACAAAGAGAUGCUGGACAAUCUGAAUCAUGGACUUCAGGCAACUGUAAAAUGUAAAAUAUAAACAGAGUGGGACAAACAAUAAUAUAAAUGGAAUCUUUUAAUAAACCUAAUUUUUUCCA